CCAACAUCAUGCUGUUCCAGGCUAAAUCUGACAUAUUAUGGAGUCAAGAGUCCUGGCUAUAUGGCGAUAUAGUCUUUAUUACUAAAAGUACGAAGGGGAGCCACCGGAGAGCGUUACAAUCGGGAUGUUUCACUCUAUGUUUCACUGAGGGUUGUACGAUAGUAUAGGGGCGUACCCAGGUCUCUGCACUCGCCACCCUCACCUCCAGCAGCAUACUCUGCCAACUUUUGCAACAAACUAUCAUGGCUGCUAAUGCACUGAGUGUGAAUGAGAAAAAGGCCUGCGCAAUACUCUCCGACCUCUUUCUCGACACCGAGGUCACGCCCGCUCAGAUGGACCACAUGGCGACCUCGCUCCACUCUCUCGACCUGCCAGUCUCGCAGCUCGACUCCAUCGUCCGCAACGACCUAUUCCCGGUCCUGUAUCCCAACCUACUCAGUACCGCUGGCGUUUGGAGUGGUUUUGAUGAAGACCAUCUCAUGGGGGAAGUGGAGCGCAGGCGAGUAGCACGGCCAGGUAUACUCACUUCUGUCGGCGACUCGGCUGCAUGGUUUCUGGUUGGCAGGACCAUCACGCCGGUUUGGGAUCAAGUUAAGGAGCGGCUGAAGAUUCACCAGAGAAAACAUAAAAAAUUGGCUGGUGUCCCCCAUCUCAUGACCCUUGCUGACCUCUCGGCCCCGCAACUCAAACGUGUCUCAAAACCCUACGUCUCUCCUCCUGCUGCAGGCCACUUUUUGCAGCCAAGCAGCACCCCAGAGCCAGACCAGUCGCUCGCGCACAAAACUAUUGCUCUUCUCUUCAGAAAACGCAGCACCCGCACCCGUCUCGCCGCUGAGACUGCCUGCUUGCAUCUCGGCGGACGUACUCUUUUCCUCGGCCGUGAGGACGUCCAGCUCGGCGUCAACGAGACUCCCCGCGACACCACCCGUUCUUCUGGCAAGUGGGACAAGACGAUGCUCGAGUAG